AUUGCAUUGAGUCUAACAUCACGUACAGUAGAAUUCACAUCAAUAUUACAGUUAUUUACAAAUUUAAUGUCAAUUAAAAACUUGUUAAUUGUGUGAAAGUCUGUGAAAGCGAUCCCAAAGACAAGACAUGCCUCACAUCGAAGAAGGAGUGAAAUUGGAUUUCAAAGACGUCUUAUUAAGACCUAAACGAUCGACGCUUAAGAGCCGUUCAGAUGUCGAUCUGAACCGAAGCUAUCAUUUCAAGAAGUCGGGUCAGGAAUACACUGGCGUUCCGUUGAUUGCGGCCAAUAUGGACACAAUCGGCACAUUUGAGAUGGCAUUGGCUCUCAAUAAGCAUAACUGUUUCACUGCUAUCCAUAAACACUACACUAUUGAAGAGUGGACUGAUUUCGCCGCCAAAAACCCCUCAGUAUUACGGAAUGUUGCGGUGAGUUCUGGCACCGGAAGCGGCGACUUUGACAAACUGAAGGAUAUCUUGAAGAAUAUUCCGGACGUGAAGUUUAUAUGUCUGGAUGUGGCGAACGGCUAUUCCGAGCAUUUCGUGGAGUUUGUCAAACAGGUUCGCAACGCUUUCCCGACGCACACAAUAAUGGCCGGC